CAUCCCCUAUAAAUACCCUCGGCUCCUCUGCUCCUACACGCCCCAAGCAAGCGACCGUCCAGGAACACGAGCAACCACUGCACGAAGCUUGCGAGCUGACCAGUGAUCACAAGCCCCAGCUCUAGUAUGCAACUGUCCAUGGCGCCCUCCGCGAUGGUGGCUCCGGCCUUGCCGAGGCUGACGAUGCCGCUGCCACCGGCGAUCACGCUCCCGGACGCCGCGGCCCCGGUGACGCCGCCGCUGACGGUCGUGGGUAGGCGAAUGGCGGCGAAGCACAAGGCUGUUGUGGUGCUGGGCGCCACGGGGACCGGCAAGUCGCGCCUGGCGAUCGACCUCGCGCUGCGGUUCGGCGGCGAGGUGAUCAACUCCGACAAGAUGCAGGUUUACGCAGGCCUGGACGUGACCACCAACAAGGUGGUGCCCGAGGAGUGCGCGGGCGUGCCGCACCACCUGCUCGGAGUGGUUCACCCGGACGCCGAGUUCACGGCCGCGGACUUCCGCCGCGAGGCCGCGCGCGCCGCUGCCGCGAUCGCUGCGCGGGGCCGCGUCCCCAUCAUCGCGGGGGGUUCCAACUCGUACGUUGAGGAGCUCGUGGAGGGCGACCGCCGCGCGUUCCGGGAGCGGUACGAGUGCUGCUUCCUCUGGGUGGACGUGCAACUCCCCGUGCUGCACGACUUCGUCGCCAGCCGCGUCGACGAGAUGUGCCGGCGGGGCAUCAUCGAGGAGGUGGCUGCGGCCUUCGACCCCCGACGCACCGACUACUCCAGGGGCAUAUGGCGCGCCAUCGGAGUGCCGGAGCUCGACGCGUACCUCCGGUCGCGCGGCCUCGACGCCGACGAAGACGAGCGCGCGCGCAUGCUCGCCGCGGCCGUCGACGAGAUCAAGGCGAACACGUCCCGGCUCGCCUGCCGCCAGCGCGGAAAGAUCCAGCGGCUCGCGAGCAUGUGGCGCGUCCGCCGCGUCGACGCCACGGAGGUAAUCCUCAAUCGCGGCCACGCCGCCAACGAGGCGUGGCAGCGGCUCGUCGCCGCGCCCUGCAUCGACGCCGUCUGGUCCUUCCUUCUGGAAGACCAAGAAUACAGCAGCAUGGCCACCGCCGCUAAAGCCUCCGUCUUCGCCUCCACGGCUGCCCCCGUCGUAGCCGCGGUUUUCUAAGACAUGCAUGCCUACGCACGUUCGCCAUUCACAUGCCUACACACGUUUACAUGAACUAAAGCCAUGACCAUGUUGAUGCCACGCGCCAUUCGCCAUUGGCAAUCGACUCAGAGCUCAUCGCCUCAGGAAGGUAAUGUCCUCGGCUGCGUGGACAACCGAAUGGCAUCAUGCUCUGCUGUGAUCAAGCUCUCGAUGAUCGAGCAGAGUAAGUAUGUUCAUAUAGUUGACUCUGUUUUGGGGUAGUAGUUAUUUUCUCUGUAUUUUUGUACGAGAUGAUCGAUAUAGUGCGAGAGAGAGAACGAGUUUUGAGGGUUUUUUUUUCUCUGUUCCAAAAAUGUGUAAUAGACGGCAAGUUUGUUGACUUGGCGUGAUGUAAUAGGCUCCUGUUGUAAAAUAGAAAGAGAUCUUUGGUGAAA